AUGGGAAGAUACAGUGUAAGGAGAUACAAGACCAAGCGAAGAACCAGAGAUUUGGACCUUAUCUAUGGUGAUCUAUCGACACCAGAGUCUAUUCAGAGCUUAAAGCAUCAACCUAUGGAUGAAUACAAAGCGGGAUUGGGUCAAUACUACUGUGUUCAUUGUGCCAAAUAUUUUCAGGACAAUAAGGCACUUGCCUCACAUUUGAAGUCUAAGAUCCAUAAAAGAAGGGUCAAAGACCUUAGUGUAAGACCAUAUGAUAACUUAGAGAGUGAAGCAGCAGCAGGAACCAACUUACUCAAGUUUAUGGAACGAGUAGAACAUUAUAAGCAAUCUGAACCUUCCAGAAAGCAAAUGGAAGAUGCUGUGUUAGCCACUCAUUUGGCAGAAAACGAAGAGAAGGACAAAAUACUUGCAGCUCAACUUCAAGCGCCACAGGAGGAGGCCGCUCAAACGGUGAAAGAGAAUCUGGAUGCCCCUGUAAAGGAAGUUAAGAUGGCAGACUGA